UUCCAUGACUCACUUCCGUUCACUUCCGACUUGGUUUUGCGAUUGCUUUCAGUGUUAUUGUGAGAAAGUUUUGUAUCAUAUUUGACAAAAUGGUAAAAGCAGAACACGACGAUGGAGAUAAAACGGAGCCCGAACACACACGGAAACUUUUUAUUGGUGGAAUUGAUUAUAAAACUACAGAUGCAUCUCUGAAAAAACAUUUCGAACAGUGGGGCGAGAUUGUCGAUGUUGUUGUAAUGAAGGACCCACAAACCAAGAAAUCGCGGGGGUUUGGCUUUGUUACAUACGCUCGUGCCCACAUGGUGGAUGAUGCCCAGAAUGCUCGGCCGCAUAGAGUAGAUGGGAGAGUUGUAGAGCCCAAGAGGGCUGUACCUCGACAGGAAAUCGGUCGACCAGAAGCCGGUGCAACUGUAAAGAAGCUGUUUGUUGGUGGUUUGAAGGAAGAUAUGGAAGAAGAGCAUCUUAGGGAAUAUUUCAAAGCAUUUGGCUCCAUUGUGUCCUGCGCCAUCGUCAUUGAUAAAGAGACUGGAAAAAAGAGAAGUUUUGGUUUCGUUGAGUUUGAUGAUUAUGACCCUGUUGACAAGGUAUGUCUUCAGAGAACACACUUAAUUCAGGGGAAGAACAUUGUCGUCAAGAAAGCCCUUAGUAAGGCAGAAAUGGCGAAUCAUGGGCCAGGAAGUCGAUUUGGUGGUAUGGGUGGCGAAGGCGGAGGUGGGGGUCGUGUUAGUGGUGGUCGUCACGGUGGCCCACGAGGUAGCAUGGGUGGCCCCUGGGGUGCCCGAGGUGGUGAUGAUUGGAAUUCUGGAGGAGGGGGCUUCAACGAUGGUGGAUGGGGAGGUGGUGACACAUGGGACAACCGUGGUGGCCCUGGUGGUGACUGGGGUCCAGGAAGCGGUGGCGGAGGACCAGGUUUUGGCAGUAGAGGUGGCAAUUGGAGCAAUGACAGUUUUGAUGGCGGCUACCAGCAGAAUUAUGGUGGAGGGCCAAUGCGUGGUAGCUUUGGUGGUGGUGGGGGAAGGCCUGGCCCAUAUUCAGGUGGCGGCGGUGGAUAUGGCUCGGGUGGUGGAAUGGGAGGGUAUGGCGGAGGUGCACGUCGGUACUGAACCAGCACAGAUACAACUUGUGCCUUUAUUGGUACUUCUACUGCUGUAUUGUGAUUAUGUUACAUGCGCAGCCAUGGGUCAGAAAGAGCCUGGUGAAUGCAGGACGGUGGCAAGCACUUUAUCCAUUCAGUACUGCAGAGGCAUAGAGAGACAAUCUGACAGUCCCAUUUGCAUCAAGGCAUGUGUUUUCUUCUUGAUGAUGGUUCCAAUUUUCAAAAGGAAUUAUUGGACACACCGUUUUAAUUGUGAGGAUCAGAUCGAACAAUAGCAGCUGUACCCUCAAACUAAAAUAAUUUGAACUGUGUCAGGUGUAGCGAGGAUUGAUUGAUUUCCACGAUUCUGCUUUCUUUUAUGCUGCACACACUAUUUGUUCUUAGAUGUUUGUAUAGUUUAAUAAAAUAACUUUUGUUUUCCCAUAUUAAAUAUGCCCUUUUUCCCAUAAAUGCAUAGUUGCUGUACACAGUGUUAAGACAUUAAUUCUGGGUGUGUAUCAGUAUUACAUGAAUAGAAACACUGGGUUCACAUGUAA